GCGACAAAAUAAUAACAUUUAAACAAACAAGCAAAAAAGGCAGUUUAAUGAAUGCAACGAUAUGGGGGAUACUGUAUCGUGACAGAGGGGCAGAGUCGAGAUAAACCCGUCCGUGCACGGUGGAGAGAGGUUGAGAGACGGACGGACGCUUUGCUAGAGAAACGGGCAGACCUCGAGCCCAUUGGACGAGUCAGACCCCCACUGAGAUCCAAUCACGAGCCGAGGAGCGUCGCCCACACUCAGAGUGCUGUGCUGCGGAACAGGAAGCGAGGAGCCAUGGGGAACAUUUUCGGGAACCUGCUGAAAAGUCUGAUUGGGAAGAAGGAGAUGCGGAUUCUGAUGGUGGGGCUGGACGCUGCUGGGAAAACAACCAUCCUGUACAAACUGAAACUGGGGGAGAUCGUCACCACCAUUCCCACCAUCGGGUUCAAUGUGGAGACAGUGGAAUACAAGAACAUCAGCUUCACUGUGUGGGAUGUGGGCGGCCAGGAUAAGAUCCGCCCCCUCUGGAGGCACUACUUCCAAAACACCCAGGGGCUGAUCUUCGUGGUGGACAGUAAUGACCGGGAGCGAGUGAACGAAGCCCGGGAGGAGCUCAUGAGGAUGCUGGCGGAGGACGAGCUCAGAGAUGCUGUGCUGCUGAUCUUCGCAAACAAACAGGACUUGCCCAACGCCAUGAACGCAGCUGAGAUCACAGACAAGCUGGGGCUGCACUCGCUGCGCCACCGGAACUGGUACAUCCAGGCCACCUGCGCCACCAGCGGGGACGGGCUGUACGAGGGGCUGGACUGGCUGGCCAAUCAGCUGAAGAACAAGAAGUGAGGGGCAGGGCCCCUGUGAGCAGAACACUGCGAGAACACCCAUCCCCUGCAUUCCUCACGAGAACACCCCUCCCCUGCAUUCCUCACGAGAAUAACCCUCCCCUGCAUUCCUCACGAGAAUAACCCUCCCCUGCAUUCCUCACGAGAACAACCCUCCCCUGCAUUCCUCACGAGAACAACCCUCCCCUGCAUUCCACACGAGAACAACCCUCCCCUGCAUUCCUCACGAGAAUAACCCUCCCCUGCAUUCCUCACGAGAAUAACCCUCCCCUGCAUUCCUCACGAGAACAACCCUCCCCUGCAUUCCUCACGAGAAUAACCCUCCCCUGCAUUCCUCACGAGAAUAACCCUCCCCUGCAUUCCUCACGAGAACAACCCUCCCCUGCAUUCCUCAUGAGAACAACCCUCCCCUGCAUUCCACACGAGAACAACCCUCCCCUGCAUUCCUCACGAGAAUAACCCUCCCCUGCAUUCCUCACGAGAAUAACCCUCCCCUGCAUUCCUCACGAGAAUAACCCUCCCCUGCAUUCCUCACGAGAAUAACCCUCCCCUGCAUUCCUCACGAGAAUAACCCUCCCCUGCAUUCCUCACCUGCCCUCGACCGGCUCCUUGUGUGAUUCAUUCAUUUUCAGGGGCAAUGGUUUUGCUGCGUGUUUAUUUAUUUAUUUAUUUAUUUAUUUAUUUAUUAUCCUAGUCCAGUUCUUUAAAAAAAAAAAGCUGCAUUUUCAAACACUCACUAAGAAAUGAAUCGGUUUCACAAACCCUGAUGAGCACUAACAUUGGACUGCCUUCUCUAACAUUAGGUAAUCCAAGGUUAGUGCAAUAAGAGGCUCUUUGAAACCAGCUGCUAAAAGCUAAUCCAGUUAAACAAUCUGCUCCAGUGCCCUGUUCUCUCAAUAAAAGUGGAAUAAUGUAACAGAGCGAGCAUAGUCUUGGAUGCAUGUGCAUAUAACACUCACAGCUCAUUUCACAGACCCGAGAGCACUAAUCUUGGGACUGCUUUACCCAAGGUAACAUUACUGUAGUCCAAAAUGUGUGCUAAACAGGCUCUGUGAAACACGAGUACAAAAUCAUCAAGUUACACUUCUGUCUGCUAACCUUGUGCGGACCAAACAGACUUGAAGUCUCUAAUGUACCUCCCUGCAAAGCUCCAGUCCUGAAAAGGUGAUAGUGCCGUUUUCAGUUCAGGCAUUAGCGGCAUGUAGUUUAUUUAGUUGGUGUUAUGUAUCAUGAUGAUUUAUUAUUAUAUUUUCUUUAUAUUGAUUGAUUGUAAUUGAAAACUGAAUUUGCAAGGCAGCUAAUUGGUUGAAGUGCAUCCUAAGAAAAUAAAAUGACUAGACUUGCUUCUGUUCAUGUGUAACUGCAUUCACAAAAGGUCCUCCUGCAGGUAGAUCACUAGAGUACUGCCUACCCCUAUUUAAAACUCAGACUGGACCGUAUUUCUAAAUUCAGCACUAGUGUGUAAUUGUUAGGGGUGGAGUCUGUAAUUAAAUCUACAUAGAUUUAGUGACCGUAUUCAUCAUAAUAGUCAUUAAAUGGGGGCAGUACUUUUAAUGUCAGCAGGGAUCCAGCCACAGAACGUGAAUGCUGUAUAUAAACUAGACCCUUCAGUGCGUGAAUGAGGAAGACUACUGGACAAACUGAAUUGAUCUCAAUUGUCAAGCCUGCCUGGUUGUGACUGUAUAUUAGUAAGAGGUCAGUGUAUAUGUAUGCUGCUCCUGGCAUUGCAUCGUUAUUGCAGGUGUAUACUUGUGACAUUGUAACUCACCUUCCAUGCAUGCAGUUUCUGUUGCUCUGCUAGUCUAAACGACACAUGCAAUAAAUUCCUAUCGCUCCUGAGGCAACAUGCACACACCUGAACUGAGGGACUCCCAAAGCAGGGGGAGGGGGAGCAGGUGCACCUGUUCCAUCAUCCUUGUUUGAUUAAAUUUGCAGCAUUGGUUUUGAGAAAGACGUCAAGCAUGGUGGAGGCAUUCGCCAGAACAGUCACUUGACGUUGUUCUUGUUUGAUUUUGGAAUGCAAACAGAGUAACGUGUAAUUAAGUCAUGUGCUUGUGUUGAUUCCUAGGCUUGCUCGCUCCUCUUUCAGUAACAUUGACAGUUGGUUUCAUUAAUCCUGGGACAGUAAGGCAGUCCAUUAUUCAUGCUAAGCAGGUGAAUCGAACAAAAUUAUUUCAGCAAAAUGAGGCAAAGUGCACUUUGGGUAAAUUUUUAAUCCCUUAUGGAUUGAAAUAAAAAGCCUGCAAUUCUGAAUAAAAGCCUAACUUGCAGUUAUUUCUCAAUAACUUAAAAAACACUGAAUUCUAAAUUCUAAGGUAUUAAAUUUAGUCAAGCAGACAAACGUUUUGACUUCUGCCUUUGUUAGUUUGACAUGUAACUUUAAACAGCAUUACAUUCCUCUCCCAUUUAAAACCUCUCCUAAUGUAACUCCACAUUAACACACACACACACACACCCACAGGUUCAUUUACAGUAAAAUAGUCAAGUGUUUUUAUUUUGAUGUGGCCUUAACAUAUUGUUAUCUAUUCUGUUCUAUAUUUUUGCUGAACAGCUGGUUCCUUUUCUGUUUAUGUGAAUGUUGUUCUAGAUCGUGGAUGUGUUGGUUCUUUUCUUCUUGGACUUUGUGUUUUGCUUCAGAUGUUCUUUUGAUAGUGAGUAGCGUUUGGGUCACUUUGAUGGCUGGACGGUGCCUGUAACACCUCAAGUCUAAAAAAAAUGCAAAUAUCUAACUGUGAAACGUUGAGUACAAAUUAAACUGUUUUGCGUAUCAA